UUCCCUGGCAGCGGGAGCAGCGGGCGCUGCCCAUGGGCCGGGCCCGGGGUCCGGGCGCGCCGGGAGCCGGCAGGCAUGCCCUGGACGCUGAGUGCCUCCGACAUGGUCACCCCCGGCAGCCCCGGCCCACCCCCCACCGAGCCCACGGACAGCAAGCAGGCGGAGCAGCCCCUCCUGGAUGGGGCUCCAUCCUCCGCCUCCCUGGACACCCUGAUCCAGCACCUGGUGCCCACGGCCGACUACUACCCCGAGAAAGCCUACAUCUUCACCUUUCUGCUGAGCUCCCGCCUGUUCAUCGAGCCCCAGGAGCUCCUGGCCCGGGUCUGCCGCCUGUGCAUCGAGCAACAGCAACUGGACAAGCCGGUGCUGGACAAGGCCCGGGUCCGGAAGUUUGGCCCCAAACUGCUCCAGUUGUUGGCAGAGUGGACGGAGACCUUCCCACGGGACUUCCAGGAGGAGUCAGCCAUCGGGCCCUUGAAGGACGUGGUGGGCCUCAUCGCCCCCUGUGAUGAGACCUAUAGAAGGCGGCUGCAUCAGCUCUUGCAGGCCCUGCACCAGAAGCUAGCAGCCUUGGGCCCAGCGCCAGAGAGCCUGCUGGGCGGCGACAAGCCCAUCUCCUACAGGACCAAGCCACCGGCCUCCAUCCACAGGGAGCUCCUCAGCGUCUGCAGUGACCCCUACGUGCUGGCCCAACAGCUGACCCACGUGGAGCUGGCGCGGCUGCGACACAUAGGGCCUGAGGAGUUUGUCCAGGCUUUUGUGAACAAGGACCCUCUGGCCAGCACAAAGCCCUGCUUCAGCGACAAGACCAAGAACCUGGAGGCGUACGUGAAGUGGUUCAACAGACUGUGCUACCUCGUGGCGACCGAGAUCUGCAUGCCAUCCAAGAAGAAGCGGAGAGCCCAGGUGAUCGAGUUCCUCAUCGAUGUGGCCCGAGAGUGCUUCAACAUCGGCAACUUCAACUCUCUCAUGGCCAUCGUCUCCGGCAUGAACAUGAGCCCCGUGUCUAGGCUGAAGAAGACCUGGGCCAAAGUGAAGACUGCCAAGUUUUUCAUCCUGGAGCACCAGAUGGAUCCCACUGGGAAUUUCUGCAACUACAGGACGGCCCUGCGCGGAGCCGCCCACCGCUCACUGACCGCUCACAGCAGCCGGGAGAAGAUCGUCAUCCCCUUCUUCAGCCUGCUCAUCAAAGACAUCUACUUCCUGAACGAGGGCUGUGCCAACCGCCUCCCCAACGGGCACAUCAACUUUGAGGUCUUUAUUUGGCUUCUUAUGAAAGUGAGAGCCCAGAGAACCACACAGAAAAAGAGAGGUGGAAAUCUCUCAGGUCUUCUAUUUUGGGAAAGACGUGAGGAUCGGGGAGCUGGAGGAGGAGGAGGAGGAGGAGGAGGAGAGGAAGCCCUCUGCAGCCCUGACGUGGCUGGUCCAGAGGUCGGGGAGGCCUGGGUGCCUCACUGCUCUGCACACAGUGACUCGGUGGCCCGGUGCCCGACAUGUUGACCACGUGGCUCAGGAGACUUUUCUCCUCCUUUGGUGGGACCUCGACCCUGGCAGGGCCCAGGACCUCCAGAUUCGUGGGCAGCACGUGCCUCAGGGGCCCUGACCGCGGGACCAUGGUGGCCACAUUGCCGAGCAGUCUGUCCAUCCUCCACGAGGACCCAUUCUCACCAGGCGACUCCAGCGUGGAGGCCAACACCGCUCUGCUGCCAGGGGCCUGAGAGACUGGUGUGCUGUGAGAGGGGUGCUGUGGGAGGGGCCCCGCACUCUACAGAGGGCCCCUCCCCUGCCCCUUGAGAUGGACUGGUUUCUGCAGCCCUGGGCACCCCCUUUCUGGAUCUUUUUGGUGUCAGGGGACGGCUUUCUGGUGAUAGCUAGGACUCUGGUCAGCAGGACAGACUUGAGUCACGGAGUUAGCAACCUGUACAGCACCUUGUAAACUGUCGAACUGGUAUAAACACAUUCAUACACCAUGCGUCCCCAUGUCCACGUCACGUCUCUCACCAAGGGCAUCUGCCGGCACACGGGCCAGGGAACACUGUGACCAUGGGCAGGUGCGGGUGUAGGGGCCACUUCCA